UCCUCUUUCUUCCCUUUAACUUCACAAGAUGUAAAACAAGAUGGCGGCUGAAGAAUCUAGAACAAUUCAGAUCCAGAAAUGUUUACAUGCAUCUCCAGGCGGUUCUGAUCCACCAGUAUGACCAGCACUGCAGGUUCUGGUUCUGUCUAACUGGUCCUGUGCUCUGCGCUGCAGCGGUGGAGGAGCUGCAGCUGAAGGACGCUCACUACACCCUGGAGCACCUGCGGGCGUUCGGCAUGUUCAACCACCUGCAGCUGGACCCGUGGUACCAGGACAGCGUUCUGUUUGUGGACUCCAGAGGACGGGUUCUGAGCCUCAGCGUCACCCUGGAUACGGCUCUGGGGAAGCCCAAGGAGGUGUUCAGCUUCGGUUCCGAGUCCGGCCGGGCCGAGGACCGGCUCUGCGCCUCCAUCAGCCUCACCUCGGCCACCUGGGCGGCGCUGUCUGACGGCGCCGGGCGGCUGCUGCUCCUCCGCACCGGCAGGAGGGGAGACGGCGGCCACUGCAGGUGGGAGGUUCUGUUCAGCCACCACAUGGGGGAGCCGUUCACCAUCCUGCACAGCGUCUGUCACGUUCAGGAUGGCCGCCACUCCGUGGAGCUGCUGCUGCUGCGUGUGCAGAAGGAGCCGCUGGAGUCCACAGGAAGCGGCUACUCGGUGUCCCUGGAGUGGGUCACGGUGGGCGGCGCCGCCGGGCCCGGGCAGGAGAGGAAGUACGAGGUGAGGAAGAGGAGGGUCCUGAGAGGGAAGUCGGUGCCGCACUACGCCGCCGUGGCGCCGCGGGGCGAAGGGCUGAUGCUGGCCGCAGAGAAACCGUUUGUCUUCACGCACAUCGACGGCCGACCUGUGGAGCCGCCGCCGCCGCCGGAGCUCAGCGAGCUGGAGAAGACAGAUCCGCUGUACUUCUGGCAGCAGACGGCGGCGGACCUCACCGUCUGCGUCCGCCUCCCUGGGGGCGUGGCCAAGGAGGACGUGAGCUUCCGGCUGACGGCGGACAGCCUGAGCGUCGGGGUUCGGGGCGGCGCCCCGCUGCUGGAAGGUCGGCUGUACGCGUCUGUGGACCCCGAGGCCAGCGCCUGGACCAUCAGGGACAGCAACAGCCUGGAGGUGAGCCUGCAGAAGCUCGGUGAGGGACCCAUGUGGCCGGAGCUGGUACUGGGGAACAGGAGAGGGGAGCUGGUGCUGAGCGACCAGCAGGUGGCGCUCAUCCACGACCGCCUGACCCACCUGACCUCUGAGGACCCGGUGAGGAGCAGCGCCAUGUUCAGGAAGAGCAGCUGGAGGGCGGAUGUAGAGCUGGGAGGCAGAGAUGAGCCGCUGCAGCAAGCUGUCGCCAUGGCGACAGUGUGGCAGCAGCCUGGGUCUCCGGUUCCUAGCAGAACCCUUGUGGCCCAGCCUUUCAGAUGUGGUCGGCUGGAGCUGCUCCAGGUCCAGACGGUUCUGAUGCCCAUAUCUGGGCCGGUCCGGUUUAUGACGAGGUCCGGUCAGAUAGCAUCUUUCUUCCUCUUCGUCAUUCCAGGAAUGAUCUCAGCAUGGGCGUGUCUGUCCCCGCCUGUCCUCCAGGUGAACCUGGGUGGACAUCAGUUCCUGUUCUCCGUGGACGUGGACCCGUCCCAGAUGCCGUGUCUCUGUCUGCGCCACGAUGUGGACGCCCUGGUGUGGCAGCCGCGGCCGGACCGACCCGGCGACCUCUGGGAGCACGUCGCCACCUUCAACGCCCUGGGUUACGUCCAGGCGUCCAAGCGGGACAGGAAGUUCUCCACCUGCGCCCCGGACUUCUCCUUCGCCGCGCUGUGUGAGUGUCUGCGCCGCGUCUUCCUGUACCGCCAGCCGUCGCCCGUGGAAACCGUCCUGUUCAACAGGAAGCAGGGCCGCCAGGUGGGACAGGUCGCCAAGCAACAGGUGUCCAGCCUGGACUCGGACACAGCGGUCCUGGGCUUCAGAGCGUCCAACGAGAGACUGUUUGUCCUCACCUCGUCCCGCCUGUUUGUCCUGAAGGUCGAUAAGAAGUGAAGAUUCAAUAAAAUGAAAAUAAAAUAAUCAGAAUUAUUGACUGGA